AUGAAAGGGCGUAAGAAUAUAAUGCCUCGACUUCUUGCGCAGGUACGUAAUGAGUUCAAUAAGAAAUGGUGGGACAACGACGUGGAGGAUGAUGACGUCGAUAACGUCAUCAAGGCCUUGUAUGGUGAGCUGGGUGGAGUGUGGAGAUGGAAGCCAUCCGACUGGAUCCGCGAAGGAAUAAUGGUUUUGGAUAACGUGAAGGCAGAGAAGGGUUUUCCCAGGAAGAGACUGCUGGAUUCAGAUGACCUGUCCGUGAAGAGACCAUGCCAUGCCUAUGGGAUGGAAGGACAGUCCUCCGACGCUGGUUUGGGGACAAUCCAGUCCGCAUUGCAGGCAAUGUUUGAUCAGUUCACUGUGUAUCAGUCAGGUCAAAUCACCAACCGGUUCGAUAGGCUCGAAUACAAGGUCGAGCUCCUCACCAACCAGGUGACCUCGCUGGAGUCUGCUGUCGAGAAGCUUAGACAGGGCUCAUCGGAAGAUACAGCAGAUAAGGAGCAUGACAAGUCCAACGAGGCUGUUGGAGGAGAAGGAAAGGAAGAAGAGCCGGCCGGUGCUGCAAAGGUUAAGACGCUAAGGUCCCCGAACCUUCUAAGGUUCCCGGAAGCUUCUAAUGUUCCCGAAUCUUCUAAUGUUCCCGAUAAGGUGCCCGAAGCUGCUGCCCCGGUUAGUAAUGAUCCCUUUCGCACUAAAUCUGCUCGUAUUGCUGCCAAAAAAAAAAAUGAAAUGACUGAGAAUCCUAAACCAACUAGCAAUAAGGCGGGUAGAGGUAGAGGCAGGAAGAAGACGAAGUAG